AUGAUGUCACUGCUGCUUUUCAUGUUGGCGGGCGUGACCAGUGUGAAUGCUCUCCGGGAGCAUCACGGUGAACUGGCAGGCCAGCGCAGCAGUUUUUGUUGGAAACACUGCUGCAGGUCCAAGUGCGAUAACGUCACCGUGCUUUCGGGAGUGGACUUCCGAUAUGAGAAUUGCACGGUGAAGGUGAAUGCGCCCAUUCAACAAGGGGAUGAACGUUUCUGUGAGGAGACAUGCAAAGUUUCUCUCCCCGAUGGCACAAAAGAAGUCAAAGCCAUGCGGAAGAGUCAAAAAGAGGUGCAGUGGUGCCAGCUCCAGCCGGGCCUGUGCCAAGCCACGCCAACAUGCUCCGGCCACACCUAUGAGCUGAAGUCAGUGGUAGGCACGUGGCAAUUCAAAGAUUGCUUUGUGGAGGUGGAGAGGAGCGGUGCAGACAUGUGUGUGGAGACCUGCACCGUCCUCCACACCAAUGAAUCCCAACAAGUCUUUGUCAUUCGAGACCUCUUUGCUGGACAGUGCAGACUGGCGGACCCUGGAUUGCAAGAAUUUGCCAUGGACUUUGUGGAGCAGCUCGAAAAAACGGCCCUGGCGCUGCCGAUUGGCAAGUACCGGGGGCUGCCACUGAUCAGGCAUCCGUCGGCAAUCAAACGGUUCCUGAGCCAUUUGAAGAAAGAGGUGCUUGUGCCAGAGAAGCAGGCCGCUGAAGGGCAAGGGUGGAGCCGAGAGAUCACUGCGAGAUAUGUUGCGAUCAUCGGAGAUCUUCACGGGCAGCUCUUCAACCUCAUUGCGUGGUUGAUUUACAUCAAGGAGCAGUACCAGGACAAGGGCUUCAGCAAGCUUGAGGGCUCAUCCUUGCUCAUCUGUGAUCCGCAACUGAAGUAUGUCUUCCUAGGCGAUUACGUGGAUCGCGGUGAAAGAGGACUUGAAGUGCUUUUACUUCUGCUGGCCUACAAGGCCAGGGAGGCUGCGUUACGUGUGGCUGGAAAUGAGUGA